AUGGGCUCGUCCUCUGGGACUCUCCGCUUCCAGUUGCUGCUGCUGUUUGGCCUGCUGGGUUCAGUCCGUGUUGGGGCGCGGCCAGACUUUCAACAGACCUCCCAUAUCUCUUCUUAUGAAAUAGUAACUCCUUGGAGGUUAACUAGAGAACAGAGAGAAGCCCCUAGGCCCUAUUCAAAUCAGAUAUCUUACGUAAUCCAGACUGAAGGAAAAGAACAUAUUAUUCACUUGGAAAGGCACAAAGAUCUUUUACCCAAAGAUUUUGUUGUUUAUACCUACAACGAGGAAGGAACUUUGAUCUCUGACCAUCCUGAUACACAGAAUCAUUGCCAUUAUCGGGGCUAUGUGGAGGGAGUUUAUAAUUCAUCUGUUGCUCUAAACAACUGUUUUGGACUCAGAGGACUGCUUCAUUUAGAUGAUACAAGCUAUGGGAUUGAGCCUCUGCAAAACAGUUCUCAUUUUGAGCAUAUCUUUUACCGAAUGGAUGAUGUCCACAAAGAGCCUCUGACAUGUGGAGUCUCCAACAAGGAUGUAGAAAAAGAAACCACAAAGGAUGAAGAGGAAGAGUUUCCAAGCAUGACUCAGCUACUUCGGAGAAGAAGAGCUGUCCUACCACAGACCCGAUAUGUGGAGCUGUUCAUAGUAGUAGACAAGGAAAAGUAUGAUGCAAUGGGGAAAAACCAGACUGCUGUGAGAGAAGAGAUGAUUCGUUUAGCAAACUACUUAGAUAGCAUGUAUAUUAUGUUAAAUAUUCGAAUUGUACUAGUUGGACUGGAGAUUUGGACAAAUGGAAACCUGAUUAAUAUGGUUGGAGGUGCUGGUGAUGUGUUGGGGAAUUUUGUACAUUGGCGGGAAAAGUUUCUUAUAACACGCCGGAGACACGAUAGUGCACAACUAGUUCUGAAGAAAGGUUUUGGUGGGACAGCAGGAAUGGCAUUUGUGGGCACAGUGUGUUCAAGGAGCCAUGCAGGCGGGAUUAAUGUGUUUGGACAAACCUCUGUUAAGACAUUUGCAUCUAUUGUUGCUCAUGAAUUGGGUCAUAACCUUGGAAUGAAUCAUGACGAUGGACGAAAUUGUUUCUGUGGCGCAAAGAGUUGCAUCAUGAAUUCUGGAGCAUCAGGUUCCAGGAACUUUAGCAGUUGCAGUGCAGACGACUUUGAAAAAUUGACUUUAAAUAAAGGAGGGAACUGUCUUCUUAAUAUCCCAAAGCCUGAUGAAGCCUAUAGUGCUCCGUUCUGUGGUAAUAAAUUGGUGGAUCCUGGGGAAGAGUGUGACUGUGGUUCUCCAAAGGAAUGUGAACUGGACCCUUGUUGUGAAGCAAGCACUUGUAAGCUUCGAUCAGGUGCUCAAUGUGCAUAUGGCGACUGUUGUCAAAAGUGUUUGUUCCUUCGAGGAGGUACUUUAUGCCGAGGAAAAAACAAUGAGUGUGACGUUCCAGAGUAUUGCAAUGGUUCUUCUCAGUUCUGUCAGCCAGAUGUUUUUAUUCAGAAUGGAUAUCCUUGCCACAAUAACAAAGCCUACUGUUACAAUGGCAUGUGCCAAUAUUAUGAUGCUCAAUGUCAAGUCAUCUUUGGAUCAAAAGCCAAGGCUGCCCCAAGAGAUUGUUUCAUUGAUGUGAAUUCUAAAGGUGACCGAUUUGGCAAUUGUGGUUUCUCUGGAAAUGAAUAUAAGAAAUGUGCCACUGGGAAUGCUUUGUGUGGAAAGCUUCAAUGUGAGAAUGUACAAGGCAUGUCUGUAUUUGGAGUUGUGCCUGCUAUUAUUCAGACCCACCAGAGAGGCACUACAUGUUGGGGUGUGGAUUUUCAGCUAGGAUCUGAUGUUCCAGAUCCUGGGAUGGUGAACGAAGGCACAAAAUGUGAAUUUGGAAAGAUCUGUAGAAACUUUCAAUGUGUAAAUGCUUCUGUUCUGAAUUAUGACUGUGAUAUCCAAAAAAAAUGUCAUGGACAUGGGGUAUGUAAUAGCAACAAGAAUUGUCACUGUGAAAAUGGCUGGGCUCCUCCAGAUUGUGAAAAUAAGGGAUACGGAGGAAGUGUGGACAGUGGACCUACAUAUGAUGAAAAGAAUACUUCACUGAGGGAUGGACUUCUGGUGUUCUUCCUCCUUAUUCUUCCCCUUAUUGUACUUGCUGUUUUUGUCUACAUUAAGAGAGAUCAGUUACAGAAAAGCUGCUUCAGAAAGAAGAGAUCACAAGCACAUGAGUCAAAUGACAAAAAUCAACCAAAUGUUUCCAGACCACCUGUGAAUGCCUCUCACUUUGUUUCUCCGGUGGUUCCUCCCAGAGAAUCUCCUGUUUAUGCGAACAGAGUUCCAGUACCAACAUAUGCACCCAAGCCACCUCAGCACUUCCCAUCAAGGCCACCACCACCACAACCGAAAGUAUCAUCUCAGGGAAAUUUAAUUCCUGCUCGCCGUGCUCCUGCACCUCCUUUAUAUAGUUCUCUCACGUGA